GUCGUCGCCUACGGGGCAGAAAAGAGCUGUGGCUUCGGCUGAACCAGAAGUCACGGACACUGCGCCGCCGACGAAGUCAGAGCCCAAGCGGACCAAUCUGUCCCCCGAGCACGUCGGCAAGAUCAAAAGGCCGACAGAUGAUCAGCAGCAGCGAUAUCAGCAGCAUCUGGCAUACCUCAAAGGCAUGGAUGGCAAUGCCUAUCGAAUGGCUGUGGAAGGGGAGUCAGGCGCCAUUGAGGCAGAGCUUGCUUCCAUGCUCCAGGGUUUGAAGGAGGAUCUGCGGGAGAAAGUGCCGCUCCUGCCUGAGGUAGAGGCGAUGGAACAAACAGCGACGACUUCAGCAGAAAGUCAAGUCGAGGACUCGCCAAGCGAGACCUCAGGUGCUGGAUACCGGCCCAGUGGCCUUCCUACCCCAAACACUGUGGAGAGUCUUUCCCACGCCAUGGACGAGGAGAUUUGGAACAAGCUGAGGCAGCAGCUGCGCAGCUUGCAAGACAAUAUCGAUGAGAUCACCGCGAAGUUUUCACCGCUGAAGACAAGCACGCUUUCGGCCAGCGGAGGAACCUGUGCGUACCCUUCGAAGACUCCGCAGAGUGCCCGAUCCCAUCGCGAUAUGGACAUGCGCUUCUUUGCGCCUCCUCCACACCAGAUGUCGUCCCACAUCCAGUCCGGGCGCUUCCAGCGCGUCUCCCACAGCCAGCUGCCACAAACUCCACAGUCCGUAGGCUCCGAUCGCCUCCCACAAGCAUGGCAUUUGCAAAGCCACUUGCCUGACCACAUUAUUCACAGCAGUGCAACUUCCGAAAGCUCUACAUCCGUCCGUCAGGCGGGCAGCUGUCGCCGAGCAUCCCGCACCAGCAGUGCAUCGGAUUUUCG